CGUGUUAGGGCAAAUCAAUCGGACGGCUUUCCACACCUAGGGUUUAGAGGGUCUUCGCAUUUGGGCGGCUGCGGGAGAAAGAGGCGAGGCGCGGCGCGAUGAAGUUCCGGUUUCACCAGUACCAGGUGGUCGGAAGAGCUACUCCCACUCCCGACAAUGAGCACCCAAAGAUGUACCGGAUGAAGCUCUGGGCCGGCGACGAAGUGCGCGCCAAGUCCAAAUUCUGGUACUUCCUUCGCAAGCUCAAGAAGGUGAAGAAGUCUCACGGCCAGAUCCUCGCUAUCAACGAGAUUUUCGAGAAGAACCCGACCACGAUCAAGAACUAUGGCAUCUGGGUGAGGUACCAGAGCCGGACGGGGUACCACAACAUGUACAAGGAGUACCGCGACAUCACCUUGAACGGCGCGGUGGAGCAAAUGUAUGACGAGAUGGCGUCGCGCCACCGCGUCCGAUUCCCCUGCAUCCAGAUCAUCAAGACGGCGAGCGUCCCGGACAGUGCUUGCAAGCGCGAGAACACCAAGCAGUUCCACAGCUCGGAGAUCAAGUUCCCGCUCAUGAACCGGAAGAUCCGCGCGCCCAGCCGGAAGCUCAAGACGACGUUCAAGGCCAAGAGGCCAAACACUUUUGCCUAGGCGCGCGCGAGAGAGAAAGGUUUGCACGAUCUUGUUUGUGCUGAUCAAAGCCUGCGAGGUUUUCUUUUGUCUUUCCAACCCAAGAACUUUAAUGAAGGGACUAUGAUCUUUCA